AUGUCAUCUUCGCGACCUCCCAGAGGGGUAUAUCGGAAUGGCGAUGCGGUAUCUGCGAGCUUGGUCUUUGGCGAGAGGAUGGUUAUAGGAACCCACAACGGGAACAUUCAUAUAUUAUCGCUACCAUCACUCAAUAGCAUACGGGUCUACCAUGCGCAUUCCGCCUCGAUAACCUCCAUUUCGGUAUCACCGCCUCCCCCUCCUCCACUCCCGGCUCAAAUCCGGCGUUUUGCCGCUCACCAAGACCGCAAUAUCCAUGUUGCGACCUCUGCUAUUGAUGGCCUUGUCUGUAUCGUACCCCUCCUUCCCGCCAACCCUGGCAACAAUUCGUCAGCUGCCCCAUAUUCCAAGUCAGAAAUUACCUUCAAGAAUUUCAAACGCCCGAUUCAAUCAGUAGCACUGUCGCCAAACUUUCGUACCGAUCGAACCUUUAUAUCUGGUGGACUAGCGGGGAACCUGAUUCUCUCUGUGGCACCUCCAGCAGGUGGUGGUGGCGGAAUGGCAUGGAUGGGGUUGGGAGGUGGUAGUGGCAAGGAUACUGUUUUACAUUCUGGGGAAGGCGCUAUAUCCGCGAUCUCGUGGAGUAAAGAAUCGCCGAGAUUUGUGGCCUGGACAAACGAGCAGGGGAUUAAGAUUAUGAGAUCUCAUAUUGUACCGCCAGAGAUCAAAAAGGAAGAGAUCGCUUGGAAGCGAAUCUCGGCAAUCGAGAGGCCAGAAAGUAUUCCUGAGGAGUUGGCGGCGGUUCACAAACCGAGACUCGAGUGGAUUGAUAGGCGUAAUUUAUCUGAAGAUGAUGUGGAUGGCCGGACCCUGAGCACCGCAGAUGACAUCAGUCCUACAGCAGUGAAAGGGAAGCCCUCGAUUGGAACUGACUGGGGGCAACGAGAGAAGCUCUUGGUUGGAUGGGGUGGUACAAUUUGGGUUAUGGAUGUUUUUGCGGGAGAUGGAACGGGGGAAGAGGAGAAGCGGGCUGGGUGGGCAGAGAUUGUGCACAUCUUGCAAACCGACUGCACUAUUUCUGGCUUGACCUUGUAUAGCCCAUCUCUUGUUCUGCUCCUGGCUUACCUUAAGGAAGAGAAACCAUCGUCUCCUGAGCCUGGGCAGGCCUCUUCUAGUGCUGGUGCUGGGGCCUCCCCGAGUUCCGGGUCCCGCACUCGCCGUGGACGAACUAAUGCACUUACUCCUGAGUUGAGAUUCAUUGAUCUUAACACGUCAGAAGAAGUAAGCGCGGACGAAUUAUUGAUGAGCAGAUUCGAGGGCCUGGCUGUUGGUGAUUACCACCUUGGUGUUUUACCGACUAACCCACCUAUGACCACUCGCCCUCCUUCAGCUUCUGGAGAAGGUGAUAUUCUCGGUAUAGGUACCGCAAGCAAUUAUUUGUGGGCUGCGGGAAUGAAUGCUACACAGAUAUUUUCUAGCGCAGCGAGUGUGCGAAGUCUGGGCAGCGUGUCUCGACGAGAAAGUUUCAGCAAUGCGAGUGCGAGUAAGGCCUCGGGAAGUCUUUCUGGUCUCCGGGGAAUGAAGGAGAAAAAGGAAGAUGUCGGGUGGGAGGAAUACCCGGGCAAAAAAAUCUAUAUUACUAGUCCCUAUGAUGUAGUGUUUGCUACUGAGAGAAGCCCAAAAGAUCAUCUUGGAUGGCUGUUGGAGAAGGAAAAGUACAAGGAUGCGUGGGAAUUAGUCGAUGCGCAGCCCGACAUUAUUUCGUCCGAUACUGCCUCUUUAAGCGAGUACGAUGAGAUUGAGCGGAUUGUGGUUGAUGCUGAUGCUUCGGACCCAGCCUAUGACUCUGAUUCAACCAUCAGUGGCGGCAGACAUAAGGUUGUUCAGAUGUCCUCCGCCGCGGAAAAAGAAAAACGGAGAAUUGGCGAGUUAUGGCUGCGGAGCUUGAUUGAUGUCGGUGACUGGACUACGGCCGGCGCUGUAUGCAGGAAAGUUUUGGGAGUGUCAGGAAGAUGGGAGCACUGGGUGUGGGUGUUCGAAGCAGCUGGAAAAAUAGAGGAAAUCACGCCUUACAUACCUAGCACGCCAUUAUCACCGCCACUGCCAAGCGUGAUAUAUGAGAUCGUUUUGGCGCAUUAUCUCACACAUGAUCGACGGCGAUUCCAAAAGCUUCUUGUGCAUGACUGGAGACCGGAGGGCUCGAGGUCGUUGUACGAUCCCCGGACUAUCAUCAAUGCCGUUGAGAGGAAGCUUGACAACCGUGAAGAUGACGUUUAUGAAGGAGAUGAGGACUGGAUAAUACUGCAAGAGUGCCUUGCGAAAUUAUUUAUGGCCGUCGCCGAGCCCAGGAAUGCACUGAAAUUCUAUGUCAUACUCAAGAAUGCCGACGAGGCAUUCAAACUCAUCAGGGAGUUCCGUCUUGUCGAUGCUGUCAAGGACGAUAUCCUAUCUUUCAUAAAGCUUCGGGUGUCUGAUGAGCAGAUGCAGAACGCCAGUAUCGCUGAGUUGGAGGGGGGAACGGAGGAGGCGAUUGGCUUGUUGGUACAAGAGGCUGGACAUGGCAUUGUUGGACCGAAGAUGGUGGUGCGGCAGCUAGACGACGACAAGGUUGCCGGUGGAAAGUUAUUUUUGUUUUUUUAUCUCCGUCGAUUGUGGAUAGGUAGUGCCGGAGAUAGUUCUGGGAUGGGUGGAGAGGGCAUUGGAAUUGGAGGAGGAGGAAUAUUAGCAGAAUUUGGAGACUUGAUGGUCGAAUUGUUUGCCGAGUACGACCGGCCGUUACUAAUGGACUUCCUUAAGGACAGUCAUUCAUACUCCUUAGAGAAGGCAUCUGCAGUGUGCGAGAGGCGAAACUAUAUACCAGAGUUGGUUCAUCUGCUCUCUAAGACCGGGCAAACUAAGCGUGCGCUCUUCCUUAUUAUCGACAAGUUGGCCGAUGUCUCUCAGGCUAUAGCAUUUGCAAAGACUCAGGAUGAUCCGGAUCUUUGGAAUGACCUGUUGGAUUACUCUAUGGACAAGCCAAAGUUUAUUCGCGGGCUGCUUGAGAACGUUGGAACCACUAUUGAUCCGAUCACUCUAGUAAGGAGGAUUCCGACAGGGCUAGAAAUCGAGGGGCUUAAAGCCGCCUUAGGAAAGAUCCUGAAAGAGUACGGCGUACAAUGGAGCAUCUGCGACGGAGUUGCAAAAGUCCUUAGAAGCGAAGUGGCAAGAGGCAUGGAAGAGCUCCGCAAAGGGCAGCGACGGGGUGUCAAAUUCGAAGUUGCGAUCGAGCGAGAGCUUCACCUUAGCACCGAGGUUGAAGGCCCAGCUACUGAGGUCGGCGGGACAGUUCGGGAUGUUGAACUCGAGAGGGAGGAAAUUGGUCUUGGUGUUGGCGGGAGAUAUGCAUGUGGAGUAUGCAAGGUCGACUUCGAACCCACAGAGAAAGAUACUCUCAUAGCUUUUGCCUGCCGACACAUCUUUCACGUACGCUGUCUUGUGAUUGCUCACGGCAGCGAGGCGGAUGUGCCUGAGGUAUGCGGCCAUGGUGCGGAGGAAGAAAUACUAGGUGUAAUGGGACGCAGCGUGGGGACCAAAGUUACGCAUGCCGCCCUUAUCAGACACAGGGUCCAGGGCGGCUGCGUACUUUGUGAACGGAAGGGAGGCGAAGACGAAUUUGGUUUAUUUUAGCUGUCCUUUUUUUGUUCCUUGUAUUAUUAUAUCAGAGUAGAUUUAGCUUGCAUGGUGGUCUAUCAUUUUUGAUGAAUUCGCAUGAAUACGAAAUGAUGAGGGAAUGGA